UAUAAUCUAUAUAAUUUAUUAAACGUUACCAAAUGAUGUCAAAUUGUACAAGAAUUCUUCGAUCUCCAUUAAGUGCUCGCUUUAUUGAUUGUGAGCUAAAGAGGGACCAUAAACUCGGCGUAUCCUAUCAAGAAAAACGUUUUAGUUUGUCGACUUCCGGCUCUUUCAAAUGCUUUUCUAUCUACUCGUAGGGUAAGACGCACAAGCUCCGUGGAAGCGACGAGAAUGGCAAAGACGACGAAGGCGACGGGCGAGGAACGACGGAAAAUCCAAAUUGCCGCACAAAGCUCUCGCGCAAUCAGGUUCCUGGUAAUCCUCGCGCCUUCAAGUACUUCGGCACGAUCGCGAAAGCCAAUUAUGUGGCUGACGUACGUACAGAAACGGCAAGACGCAUGUCCUCGGUGGGAUACAUCCUCGUUUCUCAAUCUUCCGUCUUCUAGUGCGUUUCCGCGGUCGACUCUCGCCGCUGAUAAAUUGCGAGCGGCGAGAGUGUGGAAAUUGCAUACGCCAUUGCAACGCACGUCCCGGGUGUGCAGUAAUCGUCUUGGACGUAUGCACGACGCUUGGUACGUAAAGGAAAACGGAAAGAAUAAGAGAGCAGGCAAAGGAGAAAGUACGCUACAGUACGGAUGUCCAGACAGUGAAUCCUCUCAGGAUGGGUCUCGUUAGUCCUGCGUGACAGACUUACGGCACCCAAGACUCGUUCCGCCUUGGCUACUCAUCACGGCUUCGGAACGAAAUGUACUGGAGAGACAAGAGGAUGUUGGGUUUCUUCCUUCCAAAUUACGCCCGUAGGCUUCUUGCCAAAUGGAACUGGUCCUCGAAAACACGCAGUGGCAGUUGCAUAUACAUAUCACAAAUGAAAACAUAAAUCAUUAAGUCGUUAUAAUUAAAUCAUUAAAUUAU